UCUCUCUCUCAGUCAAUUUUUCUCGCUCGUCGAGCACAACGAUUCGAAUCGCACUGUCUACCGUCGACAUCGACAGUUGCUUUUAGUCAGACAUGUCGUACCAACAGUAUAACCAGAAUCCCUACGCCCAGGGCCCCCAGGCCGAGGGCGGAUACGGCUAUGACAACCAACAGCCUCAAUAUGGUCAAGGCCAGUACGAAAUGCAGCCGUACGGAGAGGCGGACAAGAAUGCCGGGCAAGCCGCGCCUCGCAUUUUGAGCCAGCAGGAUUUCCUCGCUCGUGUUCAACAACUGCGCACAGAAAUCAAUGGCCUGACUUCCGACAUUGAGGGCAUUGCCCAGCUUCACCAGCGCUCUCUCGGCUCCCCCGACGGCAGCACCAGCGCCCAGCUCGAGCAGGCCGUCUCCGCGACGCAAAUCCGCAACACCGGUGUCAAGGAAGGCAUCAAGGCCCUUGAGAGGGAUCUAUCCAAGACACAAGACGGAUCGCGCGCCACCAAAACCGCCCAACUCAACUCUCUCAAGAACACGUUCAAGUCCGAACUCGAAAAGUACCAGCAGAUCGAGCGCGAUUACCAGAAGCGGUACCGCGACCAGAUUGCUCGCCAGUACCGCAUCGUCAACCCGGAAGCGACGGAAGAUGAAGUCGAGCAAGCGACACAAAUGGACUGGGGCGACGAAGGUGUUUUCCAAACAGCGCUCAAAUCCAACCGGACAGGCCACGCCAACUCUAUUUUGGGCAACGUCAGAGCCCGCCACAGCGAAUUGCAGCGCAUUGAGCAAACCAUGAUGGAGCUUGCCCAACUCUUCCAGGAGUUGGCCACUCUAGUCGAGCAGCAGGAGCCCGUCGUCCAAGCCGCUGAGCAGAACGCCGAACAGACUGUUGAAAACCUCCACAAGGGUAAUGAAGAGGUCAAGGUUGCGACAGACCACGCGCGCAGACGCAAGAAGCUCAAGUGGUGGUGCCUCCUUGUUGUUGUACUCAUCAUCCUUGCCAUCGCGCUCGGUGUCGGCUUGGGCGUUGCUCUCACCAAGAAGAAUAACUAAGGGAUAUUAUCCUCAAACACCGGAUAAUCGAGUGCGAUUCCGCGCUACGAUGACGACGAUUCGGAGAAAGUAAUUAAACGGGGGAGGCAAUGCUGGCGCCUCCCUUGUAUGAUGGGAAUGGGACAGCACUUCCAAAAGAGCAGUACUACGAUUGUUUAGACUUCAUGACCAUGGCUCGGACGAAUGGACGGUACUAAUUAAGGGCAACAUAAAAACACGGCGAAGCAUGCGCGCGCGCGCUGCCUCACGAACCCAAAGAACACCCAGCUCUUUUCCGACGA